GGCUAGAAGAGAAACGCUGCACUGACUUGUACUUUCCCCAAAGCACACUAUAGCAAAACUGCGAGAUUUUUCAACAGCACCAUCAUGGCAACUAAAGAAGCUGCAAUUAAUGUUUGGAAAAAUGCGGACGCAGUUUGUUUUGAUGUGGAUAGUACAGUAUGUUGCGACGAAGGAUUAGACGAACUUGCUAAAUAUUGUGGAGUAGCUGAUAAAGUAAAAGAAUGGACCAACAAAGCUAUGGGAGGUUCUGUUUCGUUCAGAGAAUCAUUCAGAUCACGCUUGGAAAUAGUAAAGCCAAGCACGCAAACUAUGAAAAGUUUUGUUGAAAGUCAUCCAGUACAACUUUCACCUAGUGUUAAGGAGCUUGUGAACAAACUACAUGAAAGUGGUUGUAACGUUUACCUUGUAUCCGGCGGAAUGGUGGAAAUAAUUGAACCUGUUGCCAAGUUGUUAAACGUUCCGUUAUCAAACGUCUUCGCAAAUCGAUUAAAAUAUUAUUUUAAUGGUGAAUAUGCUGGGUUUGACGAAGAUUGUCCAACUUCUGAGUCUGGUGGUAAACCACGUGUCAUAAAGGAGUUAAAACAAAAGUUCGGCUACAAAAAAGUUGUUAUGAUUGGCGAUGGUGUAACAGACAUGGAAGCCUCACCACCCGCUGAUGCCUUUGUUGGGUAUGGGGGCAACGUUGUGAGGCCUAAAGUGGAAGAAAACUCAGCUUGGUUCGUAACCGACUUCAAAGAAAUGAUGGAUGAAUUAUAAGGUCGUGAGGUGAAAACUUCGCUGCAAGUCGAUCCAGGAAUGUCCUGUCGAAAUAUUGAAAUUUUUAUCGCCGCGCCCUGGUACAGUCGUUUAUUUUAGAGUCCUGCCACUUGACCAGAGAAUAUGGGUUUGAGGCUGCUGCUCCUAACAUCGUAAACCUAUUUCUAUCCUUGGGCAAGACAUUUAACGGACAUUGCCCAAUCCAGUGGCCCCUAAUGGGUUUUCAAAUUUAUCAUCACACAGAACAGUAUCCCAAAAUUUAAUCACCCAUAAACUUGUAAGGGGCACGAGAUGUAUAUAAAACAAAACGACGGUCGCGUAUUCCCGAAACACAAGGAUAAGCUCAUUACAUUUCUUCAUAUGCUUACCUAUAUUUCUCUGCAUGUUCUGUGUUGUAAUCUUUAACGGGCUCAUAGUCGACUACCAUCCCAUCCACAUGUGACGUCACCAAUGUUUGAACCAACUCGUCGAUUAUUUCCUCCGUGUACGUCAGCAUGGCUGCGUAUGUAACGCCAACAUGCGGCAUUAAAGAUACGCCUU